AUGCGUUUCGUUACUACUCAUCUUUCCCUCUUACUUGUUACAUCGGCUACCCUCAUCGCCGCCCAAGAUGCAGCACCCACAUCCCCGAGCACGAACGGCAAUUCGAACUGCGCUUCCCAAAAAGUCGUAGAUUCAUGCGUUGCAAUCAUGAAGCGUGGACUCGCAAAGUGUUCCGAGGCUGAUUGGGACUGCAAGUGCUCAGGCGCUGCAAAUAUUGCCAACUGUUACGUAGACUGCUCCGACAACGACCCAGAUUCAUCAGCGGCCAGACAACUCAGCGUUAACGACUGUGCUACCGCGAAUGCAUACGAUCAAGGAGAGACCACCGUCGCACCCUCCUGGACUCUUCCCGGGUCUAAUGCCGCACAGCCGACCCGCGUAGAUGCCAGUAUAACAACUAGUGACAGCUCGUCUACUACUGCCGGACCGACGAAAGCCUUCAUUGGACAUGAGAAGUCGACAAGUCCAUCAGAGGGGGCUGCAGUUGCGAAUACUGCUGGCAGCUGGAUGGCUCUUGUUGUUUUAGGAUUCGGCGCUGCAUUUUGA